AUGGCACCACAAGAUGAAACUCAAGUCCAGGAUAAACCCGUCCUGAAGGGAGCGAUCACUAUUUCCCAAAUAAACGCCGAUGAAAUAACCUUCCUGGCGAAUCGCUUUUGGGCACCGGAUACAGCAAACGCUCACGAAGCAUACAAUGCGCAUAUAAUAGAAGAUGUUUAUCGGAAAGAAAUCUGCGAUCCGCGUCAUUCGUUGCGCAGGAUCAUGAUGCUGGAGUUUAGCCAGUAUCUGGAAAACUAUCUGUGGCCCAAUUUUGACGGGCAAGGUGCAAGUCGUGCCCAUCUGCUAUCGAUAGUGGCGAUGGUGAAUGAAAAGUUCCGUGAAAAGGUGGAAGUGUGGCAAGUGUUCGAAAAGAACGGUGAACUGUUUGCGACCUUCUUCCAGCGCGUGCUGGAAGCAUGUAUCGAAGAGUGUCCGGUCACACCAGCCACGAUGCGUGAGCAAACGGCACUGUUGGUGUUUUUGAAUCAUUGCUUCAAUAGCAUGGAGGUAGAAAUAUGUCGCAAUCAGGCGAAGCGGCUUGUAUCGUUGGCUAUGUGGGCAUGCCUGCAACCGAAGCGACGGGAGCAAGAGCUUAAUCAAAUCCCGGAAUGGCGCAAAUUCUGGAAAAAGUUGCAGAAAAGGGAUAAACCAGAGCAGAAGGAAAAGCUUGGUUGGGAGCGUCAGUUUUUGCAGAAUUUAAUGAUCAAAUUUAUUCGCAUUCUUGAGACCAUUCCGUUGGAUGGGCCGGUGUGUGAAGAAACGGUGCGCUACUGCGAAAGAUUCGUAGAGUUUUUGAUCGAUCUGGAAGCGCUGCUACCGACGAGAAGAUUUUUCAAUACCGUCAUGGACGAUUGUCACGUUGUCGUACGUUGCUCCUUGUCGUCACUGGUUCGUCGGGAGGAAGGAAAUCUGUUUGCUCAGCUGCUGGAUAUGCUAAAGUUCUACGCCCGCUUCGAGAUAAACGAUAAAACUGGGGAUCCCCUGACUGACCACGAUAUGACGCAGUUGCACUAUGCAAAAAUUAAAUCCCUCCAGAAGGCAGCGUUUGCCAAAUUUCCCAACCUGCGCCUGUUCGCACUAUCGAACGUGGCGAACGUGGAUACGCGCGAGUCGCUCGAGAAACACUUCGGUGCACUAGAUUGUGCCAGCCUCCGGGAAAUCGCAUGCUAUCUGAACCUUGUCCCAGAGCAACUGGAGCCACCGUUCGAGUGGCACCGGACGGAUGAGACGUUUCUGCGGGAGCUGCUAAUUUCGCGGCACGAGCGGCGCGUGUCACAGCUGGAGUCGCUGAACGAGAUGCCACUGUACCCGACCGAGGACAUCAUCUGGAACGAGAACGUUGUCCCGACGGAGUUCUACUCGGGCGAAGGAUGUUUGGCGCUGCCGAAGCUGAAUCUGCAAUUUCUCACGCUGCACGAUUAUCUAUUGCGUAACUUUAAUCUCUUUCGGCUGGAGUCUACGUACGAAAUCCGCCAGGAUAUCGAGGAUGCUGUUAGCCGGAUGCUGCCCUGGAAAUCGGAGGACGGUGACGUCGUGUUCGGUGGCUGGGCCCGUAUGGCACUCUCGAUACAAUCGUUCGCCGUAGUCGAAGUGUCCAAACCUCACAUCGGUGAAAAGAAACCAUCCCGUGUACGAGCGGACGUGAGCGUCACACUGAACGUACGCAAAGAGGUCCAGGAAGAGUGGGAAAAUCUUCGCAAACACGACGUAUGCUUUCUCGUAACGGUUCGACCAACGCAACCGAUCGGCACUAAGUACGACUACCGUGAACACUUUGUACCGCAGGUUGGGUUGGUGCAUGUGCGCGGUUGCGAGAUCGAGGGUAUGCUCGAUGCAAAUGGGCGCGUCAUUGAGGAUGGCAUUGAGCAACGGCCACAGUUGACCGGCGAACAGCGAACGUUCCGCGUGUGGCUCGAUUCGAACCAGUACCGGUUGGACAUGGAUGCGACAUUACAAGCUGGAGGGGAGGACGACGAAGGUAAGGAGGAUGUGUACGAGGGCUUUAACAUCAUCAUGCGCCGAAAGCCGAAAGAGAACAACUUUAAGGCAGUGCUGGAAACGAUCCGCCAUCUUAUGAACACGGAGUGUGUCGUACCACCGUGGCUGCACGAUAUUCUGCUCGGGUACGGUGAUCCUGGUGCGGCUCACUACAGUCGCAUGCCCGAUCAGGCACGAGUGCUGGAUUUCAAUGAUACGUUCCUGGAUUACGCGCAUGUAGCGAGCAGCUUUCCGGAGUACGAGAUUGUGUCAGCGGAUCAGGAGAAGAUGGCCCUUCAGCCACCGUUUCGAGUAACGUUCGAGGAUGUACCGAAGGAAAGCGAUUCUGAUAUGGAAUCGGAUAGCAAAGAGCAGGAAGAAGCGGCGGGUGAACUGCCUAAACGUAUCCUGGUGGAACCGUACCGCAUCCCUAGCCGUGGUCCAUACAAGUACAACGAGCCGAAGAAAAACGCUAUCCGCUUUACGCCAACCCAGAUCGAAGCGAUCCGUGCGGGAAUGCAGCCGGGCUUAACGUUGGUGGUUGGUCCACCAGGUACGGGUAAAACCGACGUUGCGGUGCAGAUAAUUUCCAACCUAUAUCACAACCAUCCGCAGCAGCGUACCCUGAUUGUGACUCAUUCGAAUCAAGCGUUGAAUCAGCUGUUCGAGAAGAUUAUGGCUCUGGACAUUGACGAGCGGCAUCUGUUGCGUUUGGGACACGGUGAGGAAUCGCUCGAGACGGAAAAGGAUUACAGUCGGUACGGACGCGUGAAUUAUGUGCUUUCGAAGCGUAUCGAUCUGCUCGGACAGGUCCAACGGUUGCAGGAAUCGCUCGGAGUUAGUGGAGAUGUGGCGUACACGUGCGAAACGGCGGGACAUUUCUAUCUGUACCACGUGGUGGCACGCUGGGAGAAGUUUUUGAGCGAAUUCGAAGUUGGUGAUGGAGCUGCUGCAGCUGAAGGUGAUCCGACACGACGGGAGCAUUUCGAGCAGCAGUUUCCAUUCGUCCGGUUUUUCCGGGAUGCUCCGCAACCUUUGUUUGGUGGCGCAACGUACGAAGAAAACAUGGACAUUGCACGCAGCUGCUUCCGGUACAUCUCGCACAUGUUUGCCGAGCUGGAGGAGUUCCGUGCAUUCGAGCUGUUGCGUAGUGGGUUAGACCGCUCCAAGUAUUUGCUGGUGAAAGAGGCAAAGAUUAUUGCGAUGACUUGUACGCACGCGGCACUCAAACGCAAAGAGUUGGUCACCAUGGGCUUCAAGUAUGACAACAUCUUGAUGGAGGAGGCAGCUCAGAUCCUCGAAAUCGAAACAUUCAUUCCGCUAUUGUUGCAGAACCCAAUGGAUGGGUACAAUCGGUUGAAACGUUGGAUCAUGAUUGGCGAUCACCAUCAGCUGCCACCCGUGAUCAAGAACAUGGCGUUCCAGAAGUAUUCCAAUAUGGAGCAGUCGCUGUUUACGCGCCUAGUGCGACUUGGUGUACCGACGAUCGAUCUUGAUGGGCAGGGUCGUGCACGAUCAAGCAUUUGCGAGCUUUACAAAUGGCGCUACAGUCGUCUGGGUGAUUUGGAGCACGUCCACAGAUGGCCAGAGUAUUGUCGCGCCAAUGCCGGCUUUGCAUACGAGUAUCAGCUGAUCAACGUAGAAGACUUCAACGGCGUCGGUGAAUCGGAACCAAAUCCAUACUUCUACCAAAAUCUGGCCGAGGCCGAGUAUGUGGUAGCCGUGUUCAUGUACAUGCGAUUGCUUGGUUAUCCCGCCGAGAAGAUUUCCAUCCUCACCACGUACAACGGCCAGAAGCAUCUGAUCCGCGAUGUCAUAGAGUCACGUUGUGCCAACAAUCCGAUGUUUGGCAAACCACACAAAGUGACCACCGUUGACAAGUACCAGGGUCAACAGAAUGAUUACAUAUUGCUGUCGUUGGUGCGUACCAAAACGAUCGGUCACAUCCGGGAUGUGCGUCGUCUGGUGGUGGCGAUGAGUCGUGCACGGCUGGGGUUGUACAUUUUCGGACGUGUUACACUGUUUAAGAACUGUGUCGAGUUGCGUCCAGCGUUCCGAUUGCUGAUGAAUCGACCACUCGAAUUGCAGAUUCGGCCGGAAGAGAAAUAUCCAGGUGAUCGUGAACUGCUAUCCAGCGAAGAACGUAACAGCAAUGAAUCAGCCGAAUCGUCGUCUGUACGAUCGAUCAAGGACAUGACGGAAAUGGCACAGUUUGUGUACCAACAGUACAUGCAGCAGGUGAACGUAAUCCGCGAAGAAAUGGAAAAAAUGAAAACCCUAUUCGAGCAGCAACGCCAGGAACAGCGACAGGAAAAGAUGGAACAACAGAUCAAGCAGGCCGAUGCGGAAGCUGAAGAAGCGGAAAAGCAACGACAGGCGGAAGCGCAAACGAAGAAAGAUUUUGCACCAACUCCGAUACGUAACGAAAUAGUAGAUAUGGUGGUUGAACAGGAAACGAUGCCGGUGGUGCGUCGUGGCAAAAAGCGUACAGUUGAAGAGGAAGAAGAAACUGCUCCGGAAGAGGAGGAAAAAGAAGAGCAAGAACAGGUUACAGAGAAGAGUGUGGAGAAGGAUAAGACAACGGAUGAACCGGAAACGGAAGAAAAGGAGACCGAGGAUUAA